CCCCUUCCUGCUCCCCUUCUCCACCCUUGGAUGAAGAUCCAAGGGAUCUCCUCGCGCCAGCCAGGGCCUUCCCGCAGCUUUCCUCGCACUGGACCGGGAGGAGCCCGGUCUCCCGAGCGCCUCCUCGCCGCAUCGCGCCGGCCGACCGCCGACGACCCGAGACCAGGCGCCACAAGCAGAUGAGCCCCUACCUUCUCUCAGGAACCACACGCCAUGGCUGGAGCUCCACGCCCCGCCUUCCUCGCCUCGCUGCCGCAGCAACAACAGCAGUUCGCCAAGCCCCGGCACCGCUCCUCCUCUGCCCACCACCUUUGGCAGUCGCCGCCGCCGACCAGCAGAUGCGCUGCCGCCGUCCGUUCGUCUACAGCGACCUCCGGCCUCGCCCGCGCCGGCUCCGCCGCAAGCCGCCCUGCUCUCUGUGCUCGCCGUCGCUGCCAUCCCGUGCGCCCGCCUCUGUUCGCCUGCAGCGAGCGACAGAGACAUCCCCGUGCCCGUUGACCGCAUCGGCCAGCUGCGUGGGCCGCGCCAGACCCAACUGCCUCCCCUCCAGCUCCUGGGCCGAGCCCAUGGCAGGCAUUCAGCCACCGGGCGACAAUGGCGGCGGCAGCGACCUCCGGGCUCCUACUCCGGAAGGAGCUUCAUCGGAGAAUGCAAGAAGACCGGGGAGUGGGAGCGCUCGCUGCUCUGCUCUGGGCUGGGCUUUGGGGUCGCUUCCUUUGCGCCACCAGGAUGGAGGCGACCGGAGGGAGGGAGCAACGACGACGAUGCAACACCUCCUCUGCGCCUAUAAAUACAACAGAAGCCAUUAUCUAUCGAUCAAUCAAACCGCUUCGGCUAUCAAUCGUCUCAAUCGUUCCUCCCUCCCGCUAACAACAGAAGAGAAGAGAACAGGCUCCCUUCUUCCUCCCCACCCGUCUUCCCUGCCCGGUUCCGGCUGCCCCCCACCCCACCUCCAACGCCAUGGCCGCUGUUAGACUGUAUAUACGUAGCCUCUGUAUAUCUGUAUUGUAACAUUGUAUUGUAUCUUUUGGAUACCUCUAUAUAAUGAGAUAGC